AUGCCCCGGAACCGAGCCUUCUCUGAGCCCGAGUACUCGGCAGAGUAUUCGGCGGACUGCUCCGUGACGCUGCCCUCAGACCCCGGGCAGGCGGUGGGGCGGACACAUGAGGUCACGGUGCGGAGCUCAGGAUGCUGCCUCUGUCUGCCGCGGUUCAUGCGCCUCACCUUCGCACCCGAGUCUCUGGAGAACCUGUACCAGACCUACUUCAGGCGGCAGAGACACGAGACCUUGCUGGUGCUGGUCGUGUUCGCCGCCCUCUUCGACAGCUACAUCAUCAUCAUGUGUGCCGUGGUCUACACCACUGACAAGCUGGCGUCUGUCCUAGUGGCCUCAGUGGGACUGGCUGCAGAUAUUAUCCUCUACCUGCUGUGCCGCUUCGGCCUGCUGCCAGACCGCAUCUCCAGACGGGUGGUGCCCUACGCCCUGUGGGUGCUCAUAGCGGCGCAGAUAUUCUGCUACCUGGGUCUGAACUAUGCUCGCUUCCACCAGGCCAGUGACACUGUGGGUUGGCAGGCCUUCUUCAGCUUCUCCUUUUUUCUGACUCUGCCUCUGAGGCUGACCCCCAUCGUGCUCAUCACCACUGUGUCCUGCGGGGUCCACACUUUGGUUCUGGGCGUCACCAUCGCCCAGCAUCAGCAGGAGGAGGUCCAGGGGGCUGCGCUUGGCAGACAGCUGCUGGCCAACAUCGUGAUCUACGUGUGUGCGAUCACCGUGGGCGUCAUGUCGUACUACAUGGCUGACAGGAAGCAUCGGAAGGCCUUCCUGGAGGCGAGGCAGUCACUGGAGGUCAAACUCAACCUAGAGGAGCAGAGCCAGCAACAGGAGCGUCUGCUGCUCUCCAUCCUCCCCAAGCACAUUGCUGACGAGAUGCUGCAGGACAUGAAGAAGGAGCCCAGUCAGAAAGAGAUGCAGCAGUUCAACACCAUGUACAUGUACAGACAUGAAAACGUCAGUAUUCUGUUUGCAGACAUCGUGGGCUUCACCCAGCUGUCGUCGUCCUGCAGCGCUCAGGAGCUGGUCAAACUGCUCAACGAGCUGUUCGCUCGCUUCGACAAACUGGCCGCAAAAUAUCACCAGCUGAGGAUCAAGAUCCUGGGAGACUGCUACUACUGCAUCUGCGGCCUGCCGGACUACAGGGAGGACCACGCCGCCUGCUCCAUCAUGAUGGGCCUGGCCAUGGUGGAGGCCAUCUCGUACGUCAGAGAGAAAACCCAGACCGACGUGGACAUGAGGGUGGGAGUUCACAGCGGCACCGUGCUGGGAGGAGUGCUGGGUCAGAAACGCUGGCAGUACGACGUCUGGUCCACCGACGUCACUGUGGCCAACAAGAUGGAGGCUGGAGGGAUCCCAGGUCGUGUCCACAUCUCUCAGAGCACGAUGGAGUGUCUUCAUGGAGAGUUUGACGUGGAGCCCGGGAACGGAGGCGACCGCUGUGACUACCUGAGGGAGAGGGGCAUCGACACCUACCUGGUGGUCGUCCCUAAAGGGCCUGUGGGAAAGAAUGGCAUCAACGGUGUAAAGCUGUCUGUGACCUCGUCCAAUGGAAACUCUCCGCUGCUGAUCAACACCACAGAGUGUAACGGCAGCGCUAACACAGCCUGCACCACGCCGGAGGAGCCAGACGAGCUGGACACCAGGGUGGUGAAUCCGUCCUUCCCUAACCCGCGGAGACGGCUGCGGCUGCGGGACCUGGCGGAGAGAGUGAUCGAUGCUCAGGAGAACGAGCAGGAGCUCAACAAACUGCUGAACGAGGCUCUGCUGGAGAGAGAGACGGUGCAGGCUUUGAAGGGGAAACACACCAACAGGCUCUCCCUGAGGUUUGUGGAUCCGGACCUGGAGACUCGUUACUCCGUGGAGAAGGAGAAGCAGAGCGGAGCGGCCUUCUGCUGCUCCUGUGUGGUCCUGCUCUUCACUGCAGCCAUGGAGGCGCUCAUAGACCCCUGGCUGAUUGCAAACUACAUCACCUUUGCAGUGGGAGAAGUCCUGCUGCUCAUCCUGACUAUCUGCUCUCUGGCCGCCAUCUUCCCCAGAGUCUUUCCCAAGAAGCUGGUGUCGUUCUCCACCUGGAUCGACCACACCCGCUGGGCCCGGAACACCUGGGCCAUGGCGGCCAUCUUCAUCCUCACCAUGGCGGACAUCAUGGACAUGGUGAGCUGCUCUCUCACCACUGUGGCUCCUUCCUCUUCCUCGUCCUCCUCCUCCACUCGGUCCGGCCCUGACGGUUGCCUGGGCAACCCCAAAUAUUACAGCUACAUUGCUGUGCUUGCUCUGAUGGCUACCACCAUGCUGGUCCAGGUCAGUCACAUGGUCAAGCUCACACUGAUGCUGCUCAUCACCGUGGCCACCGGCAUCGUGAACAUCUACAGCUGGAGGGACAUCUUCGACCGCUACGACAUGGCCCGUUUCCAGGACUACAGGUGAGGCCGGGAGGAAGCUGCUGUAACAGAGCUGGUGUGAGCUCACACACCUGGACCAGGUCUUAGUUUCCUGUCUUCAUGUGUUUGAUAACACACACACGUUUUUCUCUGCAGGUCCUACCUGGUUCCCUCCAAGUUCACCAUGACCAUCAUGAUCUUCAUUAUGAUGGUCAGCUUCUAUUACUUCUCCCGACAUGUGGAGAAGCUCGCCCGCACCCUGUUCCUGUGGAAGAUCGAGGUCCAUGAGCAGAAGGAGAAGGUGUACGAGAUGAGGCGCUGGAACGAAGCGCUGGUGACCAACAUGCUGCCUGAACACGUGGCCCGACACUUCCUGGGAUCCAAGAAGAGGGACGAGGAGUUGUACAGUCAGUCCUACGACGAGAUCGGAGUCAUGUUCGCCUCGAUCCCCAACUUCUCUGACUUCUACACAGAGGAGAGCAUCAACAACGGAGGCAUUGAGUGUCUGCGCUUCCUCAACGAGAUCAUCUCUGACUUUGACAGUCUGCUGGAUGAGCCUCAGUUCCGCUGCAUCACUAAAAUCAAGACCAUCGGCAGCACCUACAUGGCAGCGUCAGGUGUCACCCCAGAUGUCAGCAAUGGCUACACCUGCAUGAAGAAGGAGGAGCAGUCGGACAGGGAGCGCUGGCAGCACCUGGCGGACCUGGCGGACUUUGCUCUGGCCAUGAAGGUCACACUCAUGAACAUCAACUACCAGUCGUUCAACAACUUCAUGCUGCGCAUUGGUCUGAAUAAGGGCGGAGUCUUAGCUGGAGUGAUCGGUGCCCGGAAACCCCACUACGACAUCUGGGGCAACACUGUGAAUGUGGCCAGUCGCAUGGAGUCCACAGGGGUGAUGGGGAACAUCCAGGUGGUGGAGGACUGCUACAACAUCCUGAAGGAGUACGGUUUUCGCUUUGUGAGGCGGGGGCCGAUCUUUGUGAAGGGGAAGGGGGAGCUGCUCACCUACUUUCUGAAGGGAAGAGACAAACAGGGCUCCUUCAUCAACGGCUCCUCCGUCACUCUGCCUCACCAGGUGGUGGACAGCUAGAGGCCACGCCCCCACACACACACACUGCCCACCUGAGUGA